AUUAAAUUAGAAAAUAUUUCUCUAAAGUUGCUUAGGAAGCCUUAAAUCUAAGACAUAAGCAUAUUAAUGAACAAUUUUAACAAUAUAAAUCAAAUCCUAAAAUUUUGAAUCCAAGAAAAGGAGAGAAUGUCCAACCUGAUUAAUUAAAGAAAAUGAAAUAAGAAGCUAUGCAAGAAAUUGAAAAAUUCUAAAAGAAUUACUUAUUUGAUAUUAAUUUUAACACUAAAGGGUUGGUCAAACUAUUAGGCUAAGUUAGCUAUGUGUAUGAUAAUCAUGAUUUAAUAUAAUCUCCUUAAUUUUAAGAAAUAUUAAAAAGUUCCAAAGAAAAUUUAUAUCAAUUUUAAAACAUAAGGGAAUUAGCUUUGUUAUUGAAUUUCUGCUUCAAACAUUAAUUAGGAGAUGAAAAUCUAUGGUUUGCUGCUUAUUAACAUCUACUCAAUACUUAAUCUUAAAUAUAAGUAGAAGAUUUACUUUUAAUUUUGGAAUCAAUAAAUGAGACUAAUUUAGAAUAUCUAAAACCAUUGUUUAAGUAAUUCGAAAAUGCUAUCUUAGAAGAAGUAUAAAGAAAUAAUCACAAAGUUACUAUCAAAGCACUUCAAAUUUAUCGUAAAUUUUAACCAGAUAAUAACAAUUUCUUCUAUUCUAUUAAAAAAUAAAUUAUUGAUUCACUACCUUAAACUAAUACUGAUUCAGUUUUGAAUUAUCUUAGAUAUUAUGGUUUAGGCAAUGAACCUAUAGAAGAUAGAUAAGAAAUACUUAAUGCUAUAAUGAUUCAUCUUUAUAAAAUGUAAAAAUUUUUAAAUAAAAAAUAAUUACUUUAAGUAUAUUAUACAUAUGUAAGAACAUAAUUAGGAUCUGACAUAUUAUAUCGUUUAAUUGAAGAUAGAGUUGCAAUAUUAAUAGAUGAAUUUUAAUUAAAUGAAAUUGAACAAUUGUUAAUUAUAGCUGCUAAUCAAAAGAAUAACAUUAUUUUUAAAUAUGCAGAAAGAUUACUUAAAUAAAGAUUAUUAGAUUGUAAUCCUGCUGAUCUUGUAUAAAUUGCUGUUCUUUUUAUUGAAAAUAAUUAAGGAACACCUGAAUUUAUUGAUUCUUUAGAAUAACAUCUAAUUUAAGCCAUAUAUACGAGUGAUGAUAUAACAGAAUUACUUUGGGCCUUAGUCUAAAAAUAAUACAAUUCUAAAUGGAUGGAAAAAAUAGCUGAUGCUUGUAAAGAACGAGUACCAAAUUUAUCAGUAAAAUAACUUACAUCAAUUGUGUGGAUGACAAGUGAUUAUUUUAAGAGAUUAAAAAAUAAAGAAAAGUAAUAAUCUAAAUAUAUUGAUUUAUAUGAACUUAUAGAAAAACAUUUAAUAUAAUAUUUUGAAGAAGGUGAAGUUAUAAAUAGAGAUGUUGCACUUGUUAUGAAUGCAUAUAUAAGAAAUAUUCCAAUAUCUCAAGAUUUAGUAGAUUUAAUGGAAAUAUAUAUUCUUAAUUCAACAGAGGAAGAACUUUAAGAAUUAGAUGGUUGGAGUGUCUCCCAAAUCAUAUGGGGAUUUAGUUAAAUUGAAUGUAAAUAAUUAUCUUAAUAUUUAGAGUACUAGAAUUUAAAGGAAUUCUUAAAUUUUAUGAUUAAAGUCACUAUAGAAUGUAUUGGUGAAAUGAAAAUUGAUGAACUUUUUACAGUUUUGAGAGUGUAUAUAAAUGAGAAAUAAGAAACAGAAGAAAUGAUUAAAGAAGCUAUAGAAAAAACUAAUUUUUGGAUGGAUUAAUUAGACCUUAAUUAAGUAUAUUUAGGUAUUCAUAUUUUUACAAAUACUUCAUUUUCAAAGUAAAUUUAAUUUAUUAAAUUUUUAGUCUUUAAGGAAUCAAUGAAUUAAUUAAGAAACUUUUAGAUAGGUUAGAAUUCUUAAAGUCUAUAAAACCAUAAAUAGAUCCAAAUGAAGAUGAAGAAAUAGACCAUGAUAAAGAAUAAAAAUUAAGACUAGAAGUAGAAAAAUAUAAAUAUUCUUGAUACUAUUAUGAGUG